AUGGGGCUUAGGACAGUAGCCUUUUUAUUUGUUGCGGUCACAGUUUCCUUAGUGCGUUCGAAUGAAAUUAGGUGCUAUGCGUGUGAGGAUUGCACCAAAGAAAAGCCGGCCAUUGUGCAGUGCAGUGCGAAGAAUGGAAUCGACGUAAAUGCUCUGAGUUAUACGCCAACCUAUCCCGUGCUUACGCAGUCGACACCACCGUGGGCAUAUCCUUUGGAUCCAUGGAAUCCGAAUCUGACUCCACCGCCGCUGGUCGGAGGAAACAACGGCAACUAUUGGGAUCCCUGGAACCCGAACCUUACUCCACCGCCACUGGUCGGAGGAAACAAUGGAGGUGGAAACUAUUGGGAUCCUUGGAAUCCCAAUUUAACACCACCCCCUCUGGUUGGAGGAAAUAACGGUGGAAACUACUGGGACCCAUGGAACCCGAAUCUAACGCCACCGCCAUUAGUCGGAGGAAAUAACGGUGGAAAUUACUGGGACCCAUGGAACCCGAAUCUAACGCCACCGCCACUGGUCGGAGGAAACAACGGUGGUGGAAACUACUGGGAUCCCUGGAACCCGAAUCUAACGCCACCGCCGCUUCCAUGGUAUCCCUACGUAAAGGCAAACAAAUCGCUGAAAGCACAGAAACGAUUCGUAUGCGUGUCGAUCAUGAGCCAAGAUAAAGAUCGCGCGAAGAAUGUUGUGCAUCGCCGAGGGUGCGCCGAAAUAGAAGGAUACGCGACGGGUGUGUGUGACAAGGAGCAGGUUCCCCACGUAGAAGGUGGCAUUACGGGUUGCCGCGUUUGUGGCCAUUCCUUGUGCAACGAGUGAACACGAAAAUGUGCGAACUAAAGUAGCAUGCUGUGAUGAAGUGUUUGCGUCAAAAGCUGAAGAGGAAAAGUUACGUUUUAAAUUAUGGCAUUAA